GGGAGGAGCUGAGGAGAGAGCAGACCGGAGCGCAGCGGUACCUUAGGGAUGUGGCAGCAAUGUUUUAUGCUUAGAAAUAACCUUUGAAAUUGGCAAAGUUUGUCUUUUGCUAGAGCUAAAAGAGAAUAUCAAACCGCGCGUGAGAGAAAAUACAAAUGUCCAUCGGUCGUUAGAGAAAUUUCUUACGGUGCCUGCCCGCCUUCCUGGGCUCUGUCGUAGGAGAUUGCGAAGCGCAUCGGAGCCGGUGUCCGCGCCAGUCUAACCGUCAGAAGACAAGAAAGAGAAACAGAGAGAAAAACAAAGAGGUCGCUGGCUCUGCAGAGCCCCCACUGACACCUGCCUUCGGUCCACGGUAGAGUCUGCCGGUGUGGAGCCUGGAAGACCCCUGCCACUAUGAUGUGUGAGCACACCCACCAAUAAUGGCCCAUAGGAUACACAGUGAAAAUAUAGCUGAGGAAGACGUGCUCAUGUAUCCCGUCCAUGUCAACCUGCAGACUUUCUCCUACAGACACAUCUGACUUUUACAAGAUCUCAGCAAUACUGUGUAGAGCAUGAGGCUGAUGUGGAAAUCCCUGGACAAGAUGAGAUGUCUGAGGAAGCGCUCCACUAUUCCCUUCCUCGGCUUCCUCAUCACCUUCCUCCUCUUCCUGAACCUCUACAUUGAAGAUGGCUACGUGCUGGAAGGGGAUAAAAGGCAGCUUAGGGAAACAUCAGUCCACCCUUCAAGCUCAGAACGAUACGUCCACACCUUCAGAGACCUGAGUAAUUUCUCUGGAACCAUUAACGUCACAUAUCGCUAUCUCGCUGGUACCCCACUGAACCGCAAGAAGUAUCUUACCAUCGGGCUCUCAUCUGUCAAAAGAAAAAGAGGAAACUACCUCCUGGAGACGAUCAAAUCCAUAUUUGAUCAGUCCAGUUACGAGGAACUGAAAGAGAUUGUGGUUGUCGUCCAUCUGGCGGACUUCGACCUGGUCUGGUGUGAGAACCUGGUGCAGGAAAUCACCAGGAAGUUUGCACACCACAUCAUAGCUGGACGUCUCUUAGUAAUCCAAGCUCCAGAGGAGUACUAUCCGUCUCUGGACGGAUUGAAAAGGAACUACAACGACCCAGAGGACAGGGUCCGUUUCCGCUCCAAGCAGAACGUGGACUACGCUUUCCUGCUCAACUUCUGCACAAACCUCUCCGACUUCUACAUGAUGCUAGAGGACGAUGUGCGCUGCUCCAGGAACUUCCUGACGGCGCUGAAGAAGGUGAUCACCUCCAGAGAAGGUUCCUACUGGGUGAUGUUGGAAUUCUCCAAGCUGGGCUACAUCGGGAAGCUGUAUCACUCCAGAGACCUGCCGCGCUUGGCUCAUUUCCUGCUCAUGUUCUACCAGGAAAUGCCCUGCGACUGGCUCCUCAUCCACUUCAGAGGUCUGCUGGCACAGAAGGACGUGAUCCGCUUCAAGCCUUCACUGUUCCAGCACAUGGGCUACUACUCCUCUUAUAAAGGUGCCGAGAACAAGCUGAAGGACGAUGACUUUGAGGAAGACUCCAUAGACAUUCCCGACAACCCCCCUGCCAGCCUUUACACAAACAUCAAUGUCUUUGAAAACUAUGACGCCACCAAGGCUUACAGCACAGUGGACGAAUACUUUUGGGGAAAACCUCCCUCCACUGGAGAUUUCUUCAUUGUAGUCUUUAACAAAUCUACCAAAAUUAGUAAAAUUAAGAUUGUUACUGGGUCUGACGACCGGCAGAAUGACAUUCUUCAUCACGGAGCUCUGGAAGUAGGAGAGAAAUUAGUUGGGACUAAAAAAGGGAAACAGUGUUCCUCUUAUAUCACAUUAGGAGAGUUUAAAAAUGGCAACAUUGAGGUCCAUGACGUAGACCACAAAAUAGCCUUUGACAUUGAGUGUGUACGCAUUGUGGUCACAGGCAGCCAGAAAGAAUGGCUCAUUAUCAGAAGUAUAAGUUUAUGGACUACGCAACCCCCCAGUCAAUGAUGACUAUACACAGAGACUUUUAAUAUGUCAUAAAGGCAAAGGUUUUUAUUAUUAUUUAGUAAUGUAUGUAUUUCCAGAUUUAUUUAUUCAUUUUAUAUGUAUUUAUUGAUACUCGUUUUGAUUGCCAAAUCAAUCUAUAGUUUUUUACCUGCAAGUUGUACCCUUAGUGGAGCAUCUUCACAGUCAUUCUCAAGGACUGUUCAGCUGACCUCAAAGUGUUCAUUAACACAUGUUGAAGUGUUACAGGAGUUUAUCCAUUUCAGCUUUUGAUAGCGAUCCUUAAUACACGGCUGGGUGAUAAUUCAGUGUUAUUGUUUAGCAGCUUUAAGUAAUAUCAUGUCAUGAUGUUCUGAUUGUUGGGUUUUUGUUUUGUUUUUUGACUAUUCUCCUGCCCAAAGGAAAAUAUAGUUUACAAUUUCAGUAUUUUGUUUCUGUAACAAAAUCCCAUGAAAAGACUGAAACAUACUGAUUUGUACUCAAUUUCCAGUCUGAUAUGCAGCAUGUUGUUUCUCAGUGUCAUUAAGCUCAGUUAUCCAAAAUAUCAUUUUACCCUGUUUCUGCUCUUACAUGGUUGCCAAAGCACUAAAUACAAAAUAAUGUGUCUUUUGCUUACAGCGCCCAGCAGUAACAGCAAUGGAGAUCAGGCAUAUUUUUUAAAAAAUUUGGAAAGUGUUGAGAGACCGAGCAGAGUUUUGGUGUUGGCUUUUUUUUUCAUGGGAUUUGUUGACAAUAACAAAGAUGUGGGGAAAUUCAGCUGAAAGUGUAGUCAUUAAGAGUUUUGCUUCAUACAUUCACACAUUUAAUAUGCUCAAAAUGAUAACUGUGAAGGACAAGCACCACAUUGAACACCGUCAAGGUCAUAAAUGCAUGAUUAUGCGUCCAUUUGGUGUACAGUAUCAUUCAUAUUUAAUAAUUGUCAGUGUCAGAAACUGUUGAGCUGAUCCUACGCUCAGUCAUCACACCCACUCACCCAUUAGUAAUUAAAAUAACUAUAUAUUAUUUAGGAAUGUUUUUGAAAGCUUUUCAGGAACGCACUUCAUGUAAAUGAUGAACACAAAUUUUAUUUGUAGGACAGUGUACUACUGAUUUGCUGCAGUUUUUGUUUCGGAGUAUUAUGAAGUGCUAAUUUAUAAUUGAAGGACUUAUUAUUAAGUGUAACAUUGUAUUCUUUAAACAACCACCUUAUUGAAAAU